AAGAGAAAGAUCGUAGAAAUUUCGCGGAGUUAUCUUUAUCAUCUUCAUCUUCAGCUGAUCCUUUCUCUCUCUCACUUUCCCUCCUCUCAACCCAAAGUCUCUGUUUUUCGUUACCCAGAAAUCUAAAUCCAAGUCUCGGACAUCGAACAUCAAACCCAGAAACUGAGCGUUAAACCCAUUUUGUUGACAUCCUUACAUUUCUCAAUUGUCCGCCACUCUUACCCACCAAACCACGAUUUCUUUCGCAAACUUCCCCGCCAUCCCUCUCUAUCCACCACUCUACUACCCAUGGACCAAAUCAUCAGUGUCAUACGACGAUGCUUGCCUUUUUGCUUUCCACUGCCAGAAAUUGAAUCCGAAGACGAGAACGAGGCCUCCCAGGUUGUCGGUGUCGAUGGCCAAAACGAAGACGUCCAAUCAAACUCAAUCAUCACGGGAAUCACCUCGUCAUCUUCUCAAUCUCGUUGGGACCACGAUGUUUUCUUAAGUUUCAGAGGUGAAGAUACUCGCAGGAACUUCACUGAUCACCUUUACAAUGCCUUGGUUGGAGUCGGAAUUCGUACCUUCCGAGAUGAUGAGGGGCUUAAUAGUGGGGAGAUCAUCUCUAGUGAAUUACUCAAUGCGAUUCGUAGAUCAAGGUUUUCCAUUGUGAUUUUCUCUAAAGGCUAUGCUUCUUCUAGGUGGUGUCUUGAUGAACUUGCAGAGAUCGUGAACUGUAAGAACACCAUAGGCCACACUCUUCUUCCCGUAUUUUAUGACGUGGACCCCUCGGAUGUCCGAAAUCAGACUAAAACUUUUGCAGAAGCCUUUAUUAGGCAUGAAAAGCGGUUUGAGACUGAUAUGGAACGUGUCCAGAGAUGGAGGGAAGCUCUUACCCAAGCUGCAAACUGUUCUGGCAGGAAUCUUGCAAAUGAGUAUGAAUCAAGGUUCAUUAAAGUCAUUGUUGAAGAUGUAUUGUAUAGAAUAAAGCCUGAUCGCCUGCAUGUUGCUGAUCAUCCAGUUGGAAUAGCUUCUCGGGUUGAAAAUAUUGAAGCUCUAUUAGAUGUUGGAACAAGUGAUGUUCGCAUUGUGGGCAUCUAUGGGUUGAGUGGAAUUGGUAAAACAACCAUAGCAAAUGCUGUGUACAACAAUAUAUGUGGUGCUUUCGAAGGAAGUAGUUUUCUUUCAAGCAUUAAAGAAAGUGCUGAAAAGCCCAAUGGCAUUGUUCAGUUACAAGAACAACUUCUUAACGAUAUCUUGAAAACAACUUUGAAGAUUGACAAUGUUAAUAAGGGAAUCAUAUUGAUUGAGGAAAGACUUCAUCACAAAAAAGUUCUUGUUGUUCUUGAUGACGUCGAUGACUUUGAAAAUCUACGCACAUUAGUCAAAAAGCAAUGGUUUGGUCCGGGAAGUAGAAUCAUUGUAACAACUAAAGAUGAACAAUUGCUAAGCAAGUUGGGAGUAGAUAAAAAAUAUAAGGUUAGAAAAUUGAGUACUUGGGAGUCUCGUCGGUUGUUCUGUUUACAUGCCUUUGAGAUGCCCAAUUCGGAAGACGAUUUUGCAGAGCUUUCGAUUGAAGCAGCUGAUUAUGCUAAAGGACUUCCUUUAGCUCUUGUUGUUUUGGGUUCAUUUCUAAAAGGAAGAGGCAUUGCUGAAUGGAAAAGUGUAUUGAAAAAAUUACAAAGAACUCCUCAUGAACCGUUGCAAAAAAUACUUAGAGUUAGUUUUGAGUCACUGGAUAGGGAUACAAGAGAAAUAUUCCUUGAUAUUGCCUGUUUCUUUGUCGGUAUGGACGUAGAAGAUGUUAUCAAAAUACUUGAAGGUUGUAAUUUCUAUCCCGGGAUUGGUAUCCCUAUUCUCAAACAGAGGUCACUUGUGACAAUUGAUCACCACAAGAAGUUGAAGAUGCAUACUCUAAUUCGAGAUAUGGGGAGGGAAAUUGUUCGUGAAGAAUGUCUCAAAAAUCCAGGAAAACGCAGCAGGUUAUGGUUUCACGAGGAUGGCUUAAAUGUACUAAACAAUCAUUUGGGUUCGGAGAUAGUGGAGGGUCUUACCUUAAAUCUCCCUGAACAUUUGAGAACUGAAGCAUUUACAAAGAUGGUGAAUUUAAGAUUGCUCCAAAUCAAUGAUGUAGAUCUCAUGGGAUCCUAUGAACAUCUUUCGAAAGAGUUAAAAUGGCUUUGUUGGCAUAAGUGUCCUUUGAAAUCUCUUCCACCGGAUUUUCAGCUUGAGAAGCUUGUUAUUCUUGACAUGCAGCACAGUAAUCUCGAACAAGUUUGGGAGACGAACAAAAUAUUGAACAAAUUGAAGGUCCUUAAUCUCAGCAAUUCCAAAUCUCUCACUACAUCACCAGACUUCUCAGAAGUCUCACAACUGGAGGAAUUAAUACUUAUGGGUUGCACAAACUUGGUUGAGAUUCACGAGUCUAUUGGACUUCAAACAGGACUUGUUUUGCUGAAUUUACAAGGGUGUGUGAAUCUUAGGAAUCUUCCAAGUAGUAUUUCUAACUUAAAAUCUCUUAAAACUCUUGUUUUGUCUAAUUGCUUUAGUCUUGCGAAAUUACCUGAACGAUUGUUGAAUAUGAUGGCUUUAACGAAGUUGUAUAUGGAGAACACUGCUAUCAAGCAACUACCGUCCUCAUUCCUCCAUUUGAGUAAUCUCGAAAUUUUAUCAUUUCGUGGAUGUGAAUGUCUCAUCGAAUCACCAAAGUUUUUACGAACCUCACGUCUAAAGACACUGAUACUCGAAGGUUGUACAAGGUUGGUUGAGAUUAACGAGUCCAUUGGAUUUCUAAAAGGACUUCUUCACUUGAAUUUAAGAAGUUGUAAGACGCUUAGGAAUCUUCCAAGUAGUAUUUCUAACUUGGAAUCUCUAGAAAUUCUUUACUUGGAGGAGUGCUAUAAAGUUGAAGAGUUACCGGAGCAAUUGGGGAAUAUGACGGCUUUAAAAGUCGUGAAUGUGAGGGGCACUGCUAUUAAGCAACUACCAUCCUCCUUGAAGCUUUUGAAGAAUCUCGAAGAUUUAAUUUUAACCGGAUGCAAAUAUCUCAUCAAAUCACCAGAGUUCUCGGAAACCUCACCUCUACUCAAACUGUCAUUUGCAUGUUGUACAAGUUUGGUUGAGAUUCAUGAGUCCAUUGGACAUCUAAAAAAUCUUGAUUCACUUUAUUUUAAUGGGUGCAAGAAGCUUAGGAGUCUUCCAAGUAGCAUUUCUAAUUUAGAACGUCUUAGCUGGCUUACGUUGUCUAACUGCCCAGAACUUGACAAGUUACCGGAACAAUGGGGGAAUAUGCAGGCUUUACGGGUAUUUGAUGCAGAGGGAACUGCUAUUAAGCAACUACCAUCUUCCUUUGGUGAUUUGAACAAUCUCUAUAGUUUAAAAUUAUCGGGAUCCUCACCCAAUAGCUCCAACUGCAUGAGUUUGGUGUCCUUUUCUAAAUUUAAUUCAUUGGCAGAGCUAGAUCUCAGUAACUGCAAUUUGUCUGAAGAUGAGUUUCGCAUUGAAUUUGAAUGUUUAUCUUCACUUGGAAAUUUGAAAUUAUCAAGAAACAAUUUUCGUAACCCACCUAGUUUCAUCAGCUGCCUUCCUAACUUAAAAGCAUUGGAUUUGAGUGAGUGUACUAGUCUUCAAUCAAUUUCACUUCCCGAGCCUAUAGUAGAGUUGAGAGCAGAUGGCUGCACAUCAUUGGAAAGAAUUGAUGUGCAAAGAAUCUCAAUUCUGAAGAACAGGAGUAAAAAAUAUUUAGACGUUUACAACUGCCGAUUUUGGGGUUCGAUGUUUAUCCUUAAUAAUUGCCGCAAACUGGUUGAGAUUCAAAAUUUGGAGAGGUUGCAAUGUGUACCAGAAUUGGUUAUGAUGGGAAGCUGCAACAAUCUAUCAUCGGAAUCUACGGAAAGUGUUCUCCAGAUGAUGUGCAAGGCAAAUUACUCUAAUUCCGUUCUCUUACCCGGAAGUGAGAUUCCAAAUUGGAUUAGCCAUCGGGCAAUGGGUUCUUCAGUAUCUUUCCGUGUACCUCCGUCUUGGGAUGGUCGUAAAAUCAGAGAGGUGCGUUUAUGCAUUGUUUAUGCAGCAAAGAAGGAAGCACCAGCGUCGGGUGAUGAGAGUUGGUUCAGUUGGAGAUUAUGUAAUAAAAGUUCUAGAGACCAGUCCAACGAUUGGUAUCACUUGAUUCCAUGUGAGGCUAUAACAAGUGCAGCAGAUUUUGAUCUCUUUGAAGAUCAUAUAUAUGCACAUGCGAUGGCUUGGCGCUAUUGCUUUGCGUUCCCACCAACUGGAAUUAAGAUGGAAAGUGGAGAUGAAAUAGAGGUCGCCAUCGAUCUACAUAAAGGGUACAAACCUUAUAUGUGUGGAAUUGAUCCGCAAAUUGUGGAAGUGAAGAGCAGUGGAAUUGAUUUUGAUCUCUUUGAUGGCGAUGAGCCAAGUGUUACAGAUGAUGAUGAGAUCUUUGAAAGUGAAAAUGAAAGUGAGGAGGAUUCACGAUUGUAGCCAUCCCUCACCAAAUUCAGACCACAAUUCCUCCCAAAUAUAUGACAGACAGUCGUGGCUGUUAAAAAAGCGAAUUGGUGAAAUGCAUGAGAAACCGUUUCUGGCUGUCACUCAAAUUCCCUCACUGAUCGCAUCUGUCUGCCUUAAGCUGCUGCCACGCAUUCGUUCCUCACCACCGCUCCUGCUCUUGACUCGUCCACUCAAAGAUCUAUCACGGAACUCGAGUCUAAAGCCAAAAAUUACAGAAGCCUUGUUCAUCUUGAAAAUCUCGUAUGGCUUGGUUCAAUGAUUCCGAUACAGAGAUUCCACUUUUCAUUGUUCACUCUCACAAUGACUUGGUUCAUAAGCCUAAUCCGAGUCUCCAUCAUCAAACCCAGAAAUAGAGCGCUGAACCCAUUUUCAGCACAUGAAGGGCCUCCACACCAAGCUCUAUGAAUCGUAUGCGUGUCUCCUCGGAACCACAUGGUGUUCACGCCACUCCUGGCCUCCACCUGCGUGGGAACCCUGGAGGCUGGAGUUCAGGUCCAUCGACGAACCAACUAGCUCGCAGGAUCCAACCCACCAUAUCUCUCGCGGACCCAGGCAAACGAGAUAUUAUUUUCCUUUGAUGAUCGCCUCAGGCACUAUGCUACUAAACAGUUGACAAAGAUAAGAGAUGGAUGAUCAAUGGGAAGAGCUUGUUUGUCUCUAUCUUCAAAAAUGCCGUUGUGGACUAUGUAUUGCAUAUUCUCAAAUUGAAAGUUUGUCUAAUCUUCAUUGUGGAAGAUUAUGUUUAACUCUUUGGAAGUUCCAAAAUCUCCAGGUGGAAGUUGCAUAGGAAAGGCAGUUUGCUUUCGUUUUCCCUGACACCAUAUUAUAAUGCCUUCACGCAUCAAAUCAAAUUGGAUUUCAGUAUUUGUAUUCAGGAUUGGUGUUGAUGAGUGGUUACGCUUUCCUUCCCUGCAGGAUGUGUUUGCCACUGCUGAUUGCAGUGGGUUUCUUGAAAGUACUAGAAAACCAACCCUUCCAGCUUUGGCUCAGGUUGCAGAGCGGCAGGAGAAAUAUCUAUCACAUCGAUUAGAGCUGGUGGAGGUCAUGCCAAUGGAGCAAAUGACAUGGAACUUGGAGAUCCAUUUGUUUACAAGCAUGGCAACCAUUGGCAGAUACAAGGCUCUCGUAGAUCUUAGGCAGAGCAAGGAGCCUAUGCCUACCUAUAUUUCUUCUCCCUCCCUGCUCCUGAUAGUUGGAUGACAGGUUUGCGGGGGUCUAUAUACUAGUGCAGUUUGGCACGUUUCCUUGGGAUAUGUUGAGCAGAGUGCAAAUGACCUUUUAUAGAACCAUGCAAGGGAAUUCUUUUCGUUCCACUUCAGAGCUCUUAACACUUCAGAUCUGGGGAGAGCAUUUUCAGAGAAGACAGCCAUUGAUUGGACUGGUGAACCGGCAUUGCAGACUGCAUAACCUUAACUGAUACAUGUUUUGUUAUUAUUUGUUUAGUUUUUUGGUAAAUAACAAGUAUGAAUUGACUACUUUUGCUAGAGAAAUGAACUAGCCUUUGUGGAUGACAAAUUGAAAUAACUUCCCUAGCAGAAAA